AUGUUACACAAUUCGUUGAUUGAAGUUCCUCGCAACCUCAAGGAGGGUAUUGACUGGUUGAUAGCCUUGAAGGGGAGGAAUUUUAACUAUAACAUGACGGCCAUGGGACUCGCACUUCACAAUCUUCUCAAACGCCACCCUGUUGGAUUGAAAGUGUUGCCAGCUCUUGAGUGUGUUAAACGUAUUUCUAAGCAGUUCCUGGAGCAACCGGAGCUUAAGGACCAACCAUUCGUCAAAAACCUGCUGCGCAGGUACGAAGAGCCUUUGAACAAGGAACCAGGCGUGCUUGCUGAGAUUUUUGGAGAUACCCCCUUAAGCGAUUAUGAGAAUGUCGUAGAGCUCAGAGGCGUCAAAGGUGGAGACAUCAUAAAGGACCUAGGUAACGUUGUGCGUGGUUGUGAGAAAUUCCUGAAAAACAUCAAAAUCCCUUACCAGUAUAAGUCUGCAUACAGUUCAAAAGCAACCUGGGAUGAAUCAUGCUCGAGAGACCCGGAAGCUUGCGCAGUGGUAUUCGUGGGGAUUGCUCCAAUGCUAUACGCAGGCCUGCGGUCCCUGCGGGAUGCGAGCGAACAUGCAAUUAAAGGGUCGAACCAUAUGGCGGAGCAUCGUUUGUGGUAUGUAUUUAAGGCGAUGGGUUACAGAGAGCAGGAAUGCCGCCCCAGCAUGAGUGCUUCAGAUAUGAUAGAGGCGUUGAGCGGUGUGGAUGUAAACAUAUUUACCAUAGUGUACGACCUCGCUGGAUUCUGGGCUUUCUAUUGA